UCCGUAUUUACGAGGCGAUAUAAGAUCGAUGGAAGACAUUUUCUUUUCAGUUAUCUAUUAAUGAUUGUAUUGGAAAGACCGAUUUUUUUUUAACGAAAUAAUUUUAACAUGACGUCAUAUACGGACAAGGGUCGGAAGCCGGACAACGGUCGAUUUUUGUCUUUCGAUCAUCUCACCUUCUGGGUUUCGAAUGCAAAACAAGCGGCGAGCUAUUACGUCACAAGGUUCGGAUUCGAGCCUCUCGCGUACCGAGGAUUGGAAACUGGCUCCAGAAAGAUCGCCUCGCACGCUGUCAGGUUGAACAAGAUUGUGUUCGUCUUCGAAGCGCAGUAUGAUCCAGAAGAUUCUGUUUUAGUCAAAGAAGUCGGAUAUCACGGUGACUUCGUCAAAGAUGUCGCGUUUCAAGUUGAGAACCUGGAUUACAUUCUGGAAUACGCAAAGAAACAAGGCGCUGUCGUGGUCAAAGAUCUUUGGGAGGAAAGCGACGAGUUUGGGGUUGUUAGAAUGGCAACAUUGAAAACGUACGGCGACAACACUCAUACAUUGGUGGAUAGAUCGAAAUACAAAGGAUCGUUCCUCCCAGGCUACGUCACUGUCAACAAGGACCCAAUCAGUAACUUUCUACCUAAAGUGGAAAUAAACUUCAUUGACCAUGUUGUGGGAAACCAGCCGGACGAGGGCAUGGAACUGGCUGCUUCCUGGUAUGAGAGAUGUCUGCAGUUCCACAGAUUCUGGUCCGUGGACGAUAAACAAGUAUGCACAGAGUAUUCCGCGCUACGUUCCAUAGUGAUGGCGAACUGGGAGGAGAAUGUAAAGAUGCCAAUCAACGAGCCCGCGCCCGGAAAGAAGAAAAGCCAGAUACAGGAAUACGUGGAGUACCACGGUGGCGCUGGGGUACAGCACAUCGCUAUUAAUACCGAAGACAUAAUUACUGCGAUCGAGAACCUUCGAUCGCGCGGUGUCGAAUUCCUGUCCAUACCGUCAGAAUACUACAGAAUAAUAAGAGAACGAUUGAAGGAGAGCAAAGUGCGCGUCGCUGAGAGCAUUGACGUGUUAGAGCGACUUAACAUCCUCAUAGACUACGACGAUGACGGUUACCUAUUGCAGAUAUUCACAAAGAAUACUCAAGAUCGGCCUACACUCUUCCUUGAGGUUAUACAACGGAGAAAUCAUAAUGGAUUUGGAGCUGGAAACUUUAAAACUCUAUUUGAAUCCAUCGAACUUGAACAAGAAAAACGAGGAAAUCUAUAAAUUUAAAUAAACGGAAAAAAAGUCGUUCAUUCGCCUACCUUGAAGUAUGAUUAUAUUUAGUUUAAGAAAACAUUUAUAUUCAUGUCUGAAUCCAAAUACGGCACAUAUAUUAUGAAACUGAAAAAAUAAUGUAUUGCUAAACUGUUUAAAAAAAAAACUUC